AUGAAUUCCAUAUUGUACAGCUGGCUGUCAGCUGCGGCAGUGGCACCAUUCGUGGCCCUCCUGUCCUCCUGGACUUUGGUCGUCUUCAGGAGUUACCGGAGGGACUGGAGACUCCUGGACAUCUUCCUCUUUGCCCUCACCUCUUUGGAGGUGGCUUCGGCCCUUUUCGGAUUCGGUUACGCUGUCCUGGGGGUCAUUCGGCCGGCCCUGGAGGCGCCCUGCAGAUUCAUCCUGUGGGGUCUGGCAGCCACCAGGAUCUUCCAUCUGGCCACGGUGACUUCUUUACUCCUGGACAGAGCGCUUGCAGCGAAGUGGCCCAAAGCGUACAGAUCAAGCGUCAGACAUAGUCAGGUGCGCUACCACAUUGUGGUGCUUGCAGUGGUGUCAGUGUUCGUGGGCGUCACCUCGGUGUUCGCUCGCCUCCCCUCUUCCACUUGCACCCUUCGGCCUUCAGAGUGGGACCUCAAGUUCUCAGGAUUCCUGGCCUGCGUCCAUGUCUUCCUUCUUGUCACAGGUAUCGUCUGCUGUCUGUCGGUUCAGAUUGGGCGCUUCAAAGUGAACGGGUUUUACAGGACAUCGUGGUCCCGUGACUCUGCCACCAGCAGCAGCAGUGCCUCAUGCAGCGAGACACGUGACUUAGAGUGGGGCGUAGUAUCCAGCGUCUGCUGGCUGUCCUAUCUCCUGAAUCACACGCCCUUCUUGGUGCUGACGAUUCUGGGCCUCUUCAUCCCGACCUUCUGGUCACCUUGGGUGGACAACGCCAUCAUCUGGCUCCGAUUGGCUCAGGGUCUUUUGGUUCCCUGGAUGAUUCUCAUCGCCGACCUCCCCCACAGGAGCGCCCUCAGGAACAUGUUGCGCCAACCAGGUACAUCUCACAAGGGGGCUCCACCCCCUGCUUGUUUCGCUUGCCUCCCUCCCUCCUUCGCCACCUUCAAUGGCUAA